AUGGCCAAGGACGCAAAAAAGCACAGAGGCAGCAGCGAGAGCGACGAGGUCUACACCCUGGGCUCAUCAGACGACGAGGCACAGCUAGAACCUGAGCGCAAGCCAAGGCGCAGUCCCGCAGCAACAACGCGCACCCGUCCUCAUCGAACCGCCCAGCGAGAGAAGGCCCCAAUCGCGCUCGCAGAGACAAACGGAGCGCCGAGCGAUGCCAACGCAUUACAACCUCGUGCGAAGGGUGAGACACAGCAGGUAGCGGGGACCGGACAACCCUCUUCGGCCAUGAGGAUACAAGGAAGCCAGAAUCCUGGUAUCCACGAAGCUCCCAAGAAGAAGGAGGAUACCGGGUUGAAGCUGCGCCUGGAUUUGAAUCUGGAUAUUGAGGUUGAGCUCAAGGCGAAGAUCUAUGGGGAUUUGACUUUGGCCUUGUUGUCCUGA